AUGGACUUUGGCAUGCGACACCUGACAGAUCGGAAGGAGUUUCUGGAGGAGUACAGCAAGGUGUCAUUGCAGCAACAUCCCUGUGGGGAGGCUCCAGAGGCCAUGUUGCGGAUGCGCUUGGAGAAACUCUUGGAGUGCCAGCAGAUUUCAGAGGAGGUCUUGGGACUGCUGCAGGCAACAGUGAGUCACUUGCUUUGUGCUGCCUGUCGUGGUGGUGUUGAGUCCAAUGCCGCAUUGAUGGUAGAUGCAGAGGUUGCUCUUUCCGAUGAAUGGAAGCGGCUUUCUGUGGCCACACAGAAGAUCUACCAGGAGAUUCGUGCUCACGAUGCAGCCAUCGCUGGUCAGAUGCGCCAGGUUGGUGCAGAGGCCUGCAUCAUGGAUUUCAUCGAGGCACAGCGCCGUGGUGUUCCAGCUCAUGGCACGCAUGUCAUGAAGAUCCGGCCCUGGCACUCUGAUGAGGGGUUGGGAGGCGUGAAAAGCCGGCGGCUUUUCCCACAGCACUUCCCAAAUUGGCUUGAGUUGAGUCGUGUGGUACCUGAAGAUGCGGCCUGUUAUAUAUUAAUAUAUAUGUAUAAUAUUAUAUUAUAUAAUUAUAUAUAUAUAUAUUAUGAUAUACCUUCCAAGUUAUAG